UGAAAGUUCACUACUGAUUGUGAAUCACCUCAAACGACCUCUCGAGUAUCAAUGGUCUAUAAAAAGUUUAAAAAAAUUGUCGAAAACAUGAAACUUCGUAGACUUCACUCAAUCUACUUCUUGAACAACCAUCAAGUACUUGAAUUUCAAACCAGUCAAAAUGGACACCUGCCGCGAUGAUCCCCUAGUCCAGGCCGUCACGGCCUACGUAAAGGACUACAUGAGCAACUACGACGCGUCCCACGACUGGAGCCACAUCGAGCGUGUCGUCGGGCUAUCGCACUACAUCUACUCCAAGUCCGCCAACAAGGAUUCCCUCGAUCUUCGCACCAUUCACCUCUCAGCUCUUCUACAUGACGUCGGUGACAAGAAAUAUCUCAAGUCAGACCAAGACCCCACCACCCUCAUCGCUACCCUCCUCACAUCCCUCUCCUGCCCCGCCCCCCUCGCCUCCAAAAUCCAAACCAUCUGCCUCAACGUCUCCUACUCAACCGAGACCAAGAACCCUGCCAACCCUGGCUUCAUCAACUCGCUCAUUGAGCAGCACCCAGAGCUAGCAGUGGUGCAGGAUGCAGACAGGCUGGAUGCCGUCGGCGCCGUGGGGCUGGGACGCAUGUUCACGUUCGGCGGAGCGAAGACGGGGAGGGACAUGGCGGGCAGUAUGGAGCAUGUGGAUGAGAAGCUGGUGAGGUUGGUAGACUUGGCGAAGACGGACGUGGGUAGGGAGUUGAUGAUGGAACGGACGGAGAGGUUGAGGGCUUUUCAGGGGUGGUGGGGGGAGGAGGUUGGGUUUGUUAAGGGUCUUUAGUAGCAUGUCGUGUGGGCAUGGAGUGAUGAGUGACGGGGGCUUCAGAUGCCAAAACGACGGGGAUGGAAAGGCUAAGGUCGACCAGCUAAAGGAUAGGAUUGAUCAUAGGCAGACAGACACAUCUCCCUUAGUGAUCAUAGAUCUUAAAAUGCAAAAUUACAAGUUGUUUUUGUA